AUGCUGACUCUCCCUUGUUCUCUGUUGUAUGCUGUAAAGUUGGACUACACCGCGUUGUUCAACGUGACCGUGACCAAAGGCAAUGAGUCGCUCGUCUUCGAGUGUGAGACUGACGGAGAUCACGUCGACAUACUGAAGAUCCUCUUGGAGACCAAGGGCAAAUCUGAUGUGAUGACUGAUUUUCUGGGACCGACGUACGAGGAGCUGGACGACGACUUGCAGGACUCCUGCCAGAAGUACCUUGAAGAGCGGGGCAUCACAUCAGAAAUGGGUGACUAUCUUUUAGAGCUUGUCCUGGACAAGGAGCAAAGGGAAUACAUGGACUGGCUCAAAAAAGUUAAAGCGUUUGUGGCCAAAUAG